CACUUUGAAUACCAGGGGAGCGACUCAGCGAGCCAGUAUCAGAAAUGAUGAACAACACGACAAGCUACGUCGGAGACAGUCCGGACGAAGUGCUAGAAGUACCGGCCAUGAAACACUCCACAUCAGUCACUGUGAUCAUUGGAAUGUGUUUCGUCGCCAUUAUUCUGCUAAGCAUUGUGGGUAACGCUCUGGUGUGCGCUGUGGUGUGCCGGAACCAGAACCUGCGCAGCGCCACCAGCUACUUCAUCGUGAACUUGGCCCUGAGUGACCUCCUGGUGACCGUGCUCUGCAUGCCCGUGACACUGGUCAAUCAUGUUUUCACAGGGUGGCAUUUGGGGGAUCUGGUCUGCAAACUGACCAGUCUGCAGGGUGUGGCCAUAGCCGCUUCAGCCUUUACUCUUGUGGUCAUUGCAGUGGACAGAUACCGCGCCGUAAUGGACGCCAUGGCGCCUAAACUGAGCGGACGUCAAAGCUUCGCUAUCGUGAGUUUCAUCUGGGUCUUGUCUUUCGCCGUGAUGGUACCUCACGCCUUGGUCCUUGGUACCGCUGAACGGUACCACGGCAAGGACAACGACACCAUGGUCAUCUGUAAAGAGUGGUGGCAAUCAGACAGCCACAGGCAGGCCAACACACUCGUUGUCUUCUUGUUCUGCUACGUAUUUCCUUUAAUAACUAUCGCCAUUCUGUACAUACGAAUUAUCAUACGCAUCGGUCUUCGGCAAAAGUCUUUUGGCACGGAACCCAGAACGGAAAGACAGAGACAAAGGCAACUGGGAUACUCUGAAAAGAAGGUCACAAUGAUUCGUAUGCUCAUACUGGUGGUUGUACUGUUUGCCCUGUCUUGGUUGCCGUAUCACUUGGUGAUUCUGUUGGUUGACUACAAACAUUUCACACCUGCAGGCAUACAGAAUGUAUAUCUAUACGCUUAUCCUGUUGUUCAUUGGUUGGGGUAUUGCAACAGCACAAUGAACCCGAUUUUGUAUGGCUAUUGUAACAGGAAUUUCAGAAAAGAGUUCCAUGCCCUCUUGGGGAACUUUGCUCACGAUUUUCUGAGUACCGAAAAUGCCAACGAACUGCCCAUGAAUAACAGGCGGGCGGGUACAGUUAUUUCCUCGCGCCGCACUGAAACAUUGAAAAGUGGAAUAACAGGGAAAAGCCCUACAGUUGUCACAGCAGACGGCAAUAAGCCUACCGUUGUAGUCAUGAUGACAACUACCGUGUAAAAGAUGAUAUGCGAUGAUCCAACGAACUAGUUAACAUUCCUUUUAACUUAAAGAAGUUUGAUAUGAGGUGGGUAACAAUUCUUUUUUCAGAUAUCCACCUACCAAAGUUUCGUAGUUAUUCUGCGACCUUUCUUAGAGCACUGACUGGUUCUACUUCCCACCGCUAGGUGUCUCUAUAGUGAGAAAAAUGCGGUCCCAAAUGUGACUACGCUUG